AACUCUAGGCCAGGGGAAGUAAUUGUACCCAUUAACCCAAGCGUUGGUGAGGGGAUUUGUCUGCAUCCCAAGAUUUACGUUAUUAAAUUGAAAGGAAAUCUCAUCACUUGUCAGUUGCCCUAGAAUGCCAGUCGUAAUUUUACCGUCAUAUGAGCUGCACUAUUUUUGCACAAUCUGUCUUCUAAAAACCUCAAUGGCAUAUGCAUUGCAGGAGAGAGGGGACGUUUAUAUUUCCACUGGAACAUGGGAUAUUUCCACUGGAACAUGGGAAAUUGAACCUCUAUUUGUGCUGGUCGAUAUACCAAAAGGUCUGACAACAGCAUAUAGUGCAGGAGAACAAGGUCAAAGUGGAUGGUGGUUGUCGGUAUGCAGGCCUUUCCCCUCCUAGGCAGUCAGAACCAGCUUGCCAGGUGAGUGAUGGAGACAAGAGAGUUGACUGUGGUGGCUGGCAGCUUCGUGGGGUUUCAGCUGCUCUUCUCCGUGGCCAGCCCACUGUUCUCCUCAACCUUCACCCCUGGCUACGGCCUCCUGCCCUCCACCAAGCUCACUGAGUGGAACUCCAGAUUGGUGUCCACUGUCCAUGCUCUGAUCGUGGGCCUCUUCUGUCUCUACAUCCUGUGUUUUGAUGAUGCUGUCAACGCAGACCCCGUCUGGUAAGAUGAACUGCAUUACUGUCUGCUUUCUGUCACUCUAGCAGCCAUGGCUACUAGCCUACCCCAAGAGGGUGGGAAGGAUGAUGCUGCCAUUCCCCACUGUCAGAGAGAAAUCUCGGUGGAGUCUACAGAGGUGUAGAUUCAGUGGAUUUGUCCUUUCAUUGUCUUUUCUAUGUUCUCUCUCCUACUGCUGACUGUGAUUACAUCAUUGUAUCCUGAAAGAGAGGAAUGGUAAUUUCCCCCUCUCCCUCCCUCUCCCUUCUGUUUCUGUCUUCUACUCUCUUCGCUCUCCUCUUUCUGUCUUCUACUCGUGUUUCUCUCCUUCUGGUUCUCUUCCUCUCUUCCUCUGCCAACAAGGCUCCUUUUCAUAGCAAACAACAUCAGCCCAGUCUUAACCCCCCCCUUCUGGUAACUGUCUCCCCUGAGUCCCCCUGACCCCCAGCAGCACCCUGCGUCUCUGGCUGUCUGAUCAAUACAGCACUUCCCUCGCUCUCAUUGUCUGUCUGUCGCUGAUGUAGCGGAGAAAAGGGGAAGUGAAGGGCCAAUGGGGAGGAGUCCUGCCACCCCCCUUCAUCUGCUCUGUGUCCACAUGUCUCACAUUUAGACUACUCUCUUUUUCCUUCUUUGUUGUUCCUUUACUCUCAUAGAGUUUGUGUAAUUGUUGUACCCUCCCAGCCCAAGCCAUGUUGUCUUGUUUUUUUCCUUUGUUUUGGUCUUUGUCUGUGUAGUAUUGGUACUUACCUUUUGUCUCUCAUGUAUUUGCUUUCCUGCCCAUCUCUUUUAGUUUCUUACUUUUCCUCUAUUUAGACUGGUAGCCAUGUUAUUUUGCUAGCGCAGUAGCUAGUUCCUCUUAUUGCAACACUGAAUGGCGUAAGCAUUAAAUCCUCAGACAAUCUGAUUGCAUUACAGCAUCAUUUAGACAUGCCACAGACUGGCAUUGUGCUGGGCUUCACAGAACUAACCGCCCACAAAACCUGCAUUGUGACAGAUUCAGCUUCUUGCAACGUCACUCUGGCAGUUCUGCCUGGGUUUUGUUGUCAUAAUCCAUUCAAUCCAAAGCCUUUUCCAAAUCCACCUCCUUCACAUCGCUUGAUUGGUUUAUCUGAGCUUUAAAGGUAACAUGUAGGCCUCCUGGGUGGCGCAGUGGUUAAGGGCGCUGUACUGCAGCGCCAGCUGUGCCACCAGAGACUCUGGGUUCGUGCCCAGGCUCUGUCGUAACCGGCCGCGACCGGGAGGUC